AUGUUUUCAAGAAUCUCAAACAAAAUUCCCAGAUUUCACAAGUCACACAAUUCAAGACCUAAAUUAUUGAACAUUCAAGAGUUUUAUUAUCUCGAGAAACCAAUAAGAAAACAAUAUGUUCGUGGUUUAUUCCACAAACAUCAAGCUGGUGCGAGGAGAAUAAGCCAAGAGAUCCACCAAAAACAAACCUCAGAACCACAAAGUUCGAUUUAUUCCGUAGAACCAUCAACUUAUUCCGAAGUUGAUCCUACUGAUUCCAACAACCAUUCCCAACAUCCUCAAACCGAGUCACAUUCUGUUAGAAAUGACAUAAUUGUUUCCGAAGAAAGAGACUAUGAUAUCAUCUCCAAGGAAAUGAAAAAGAAAACAAGCCAAGAUUCAUCAAAUGAUCUCAAAUCCCCAACUUUUUUUAACCCAUAUUUUAAUACUUUUGUUACUAUUCCUACUUCUCCUCUUGUUAUUGACAAUAGAAAAUUGUUUUACAUGGAUACCAAGGACAAAGAAGAAGAUCACAUUAAAUUAUCAACUAGAGAAAAGAUCUCGUCAGGUGAAGAUUGUUUGACCAGGACUGAACGUAUCUGGCAAGAAAUAGACGACAUAUUGGAAGAUGAAGGUCGAUGUGACGAAAUUCCUACCGAUGGUAAAUACAACAAAUAUAAAUUGGAUUCCACGAUAACCAGGAGUCAUUUGGAACCGUUCAAAAUCAAUAGAGGCAACGAAAUCACAAAUAUGGCCAGGGUCUCGUCAAGAGUGGAUUCAUUAGACUGCGAAAAUUUUGAAGUAGAUUUAAGAUCAUCUACUGCUGCUACCAUUACUGCUCCUACUCCUUCUGCUACAACUGCCACUACUCGUCGUACUGCUGCUACUGUUCCUACUUCUCCUGUUGUUAUUGACAAUAGAAAAUUGUUUUACAUGGAUACCAAGGACAAAGAAGAAGAUCACAUUAAAUUAUCAACUAGAGAAAAGAUCUCGUCGGGUGAAGAUUGUUUGACCAGGACUGAACUUCCAACUGAUAAUUCCCAAAAUGAAAGAAUUUUCCCUUGCAAUCCAUUCUCACCUUGCAAGAGACCAAUUAUCAAACCUGUGAACUACAGAGUAGCUUAUGUUUAUAUCAAGCAUGUGAACCACAAAGAACCUUAUGCUAAGUAUUAUCGACCAGCCAGUGAUUUUGCCCAAAUCAAAUGGUCAUCUCCGUUUUAG